AAGAGAGCGGCUGAGAUUCAUUUAGAUGCGAAUCGAGGGAUCGUCAGCCUUCCUGUCUGCGGGGCCGGUGCUGAGACCCAGGCGGUCGGUUAUCCGACAGGUGGUCGGGUGAUGAGGCGCGUCUGUAUCGGAGCGGAGUACAUGUCAUCCUGAGAUUCACAGCCAGGGCUUCGUGAGCGGCCCCCCAACCCGGACAGGUGCAGGGAUGGAGGAGGCCGGAGAGGUGGAUGUGCAGGGGUAUUAUGAGGAGGAGGAAGAAGAAGAGGAGGACGUGGAGGAAGGAGGUGGAAAGGAGUUCUAUGAUUUUGAGCCUCUUCCCACACUGCUUGAGGAUGAGGAGAACGUGUCCUUGGCUGAUAUUUUGUCGCUCCGAGAUAACGGUCUCACGGAGCAGGAGAUCUGGGCGAUAUGCCUCGAGUGCUGCUAUUCCAUGAAGAGUAUCUGUCACUCGGCCAUCUUCCAGACGCUGUGCGUCACUCCGGACACGCUGGCGUUUAACACCAACGGCAAAGUCUGCUUCAUGGAGCAGCUCAGCGAUGAUCCUGAGGGUGAUUUUGUACCUCCAGAGUUUGAUCUGACUGGCAAUACCUUGGAGGCACAUAUAUACUCACUUGGUGCCACUCUGAAAGCAGCAAUAGAGUUUGUGAUUGAACCAGAGAUGGAGACCGAAAUGUGUCAAGAUGUCAAUUCCUUGCUGGACCUUAUGCAACAGGAAAGUCCAGCCGACAGACCAGAUAUUGAGAGCAUUAUAUCGCUGUGUGAAGAGAAACUGGGUAGUAGUUCUUCUUACAUGAUUUGUCGAAGUCUUUCAUCCAUUGGAAGGAGAGUGCUCUCUAUUGAGUCUGUCGCCGCUUUACAAGACGGCUUGGAAAAUCUUUGGAAAGGAGCUAAUAAAAUGGACAAGGGUGUAAAACACCAGACAGGUGAAAAAGAUCCAAACCAGGUAUCGUGUGUCUCACGCUGUUCAGACAUCUACCACGAUCUUAUUGCAUCGCAUGCCAAGGAGCAGCAGAACGGGUGGCGAGAAGCUGAGAUUAAUUCAGAGAAACCGCGUACGGGGCCGCCUUCCGUGUUCUUAAAUCACGUUAAAAAGCACAGAGGAGAAAGAACGCAUCCUUCCUCUUUGGAAAAGUAUGAUCACAGAGAGAAACCAAAUGAUGAGAUGUCAAGACUUUCUUUAAAGAGGUAUCGCCGAAGCAAGAACCAUCCCAUUGACAAUACAUUGGAAAAGAGAUCUCUCUCUCUGUCUCCGCCAGCCACGGGACGAGCGACUCUUAAAAGUUGGCCAUCGGUACCUAGUUGUCUAUCUCCAAAUGACUGUGUCGAGGACCAGGAGGACCAUUUAGUCGACAGAGACCAAAGGAAGCCAGAAAACUUGUGUUUUAUGAAUUCAAAGAUCAAUGAUAAUUGUUUUUUUCCUUGUAAUCCUGCUCCAAGCCCCAGAAACUGUAAUUCUCCUCUGGAUCCGACUGAAUUCCGUUCUCAGGUUUCCUAUGAAAACUUAGUCGCUGCUUUCGAGGAAGAAAACAUGCGCUCUUUAAGCAAAGACAAAAACACAACAGAAGAACGUGCAUCCUCUGGGGAAAGUCGCACGGUAUGUUACCCGUCUAACGGAAGUGAACACUCAAAAGUACAUGAAGGGCCACCGUCGUUUUCGGUUUAUCAUGAUGACAGUGCUCCGGUUUCAAGACGUAAUUCUCUUGAACACGAUGAUGAAGACAAAAUCGACCAACAGUGGAUUCCAUUGAAAGAUAUUCUAAUAAGAUACGGACAGCCCCUGAAAGAAGAUGAGCUGUGGGCUCUAUGUCAUGAGUGCUUAUAUACUCUUCAGACGUAUAUAGAUUUCCCAGCCAUUUUGUGUCUAGAAUCUGUGCUUGUAGACCCCAGCGGAGAAGUCCUCUUCGUUUUUCACCCAGAUGAAGAGCCUUAUGAUGCGUUUUGUGUGCCGCCCGAAUUCGAUCCUCAGGGAUUGGGAACAGAGAAGGCCUGUGUUUACGGGAUAGCUGCGAUCCUAUGGUCGGCCGCCAAACUCAAUUACCCUUCAAAUCACAAACUAGCGCUGCCUAAAAAACUCAAGAAAUUCCUUCUGCACAUGGCAAAGCGGAACGCCGAGGAACGACCUGGUUUGGCUGAAGCUCUGCAGGUUUGCAGAGAUUAUCUGGUACGGAAAGGUAUAGAUAGUAAAGUUAUUUGGGCGGACAUAUACAAGUUUACGUAUAAGUCCGGUCCGCACGCAGGAUAUGAAGAACCUCUUUCUACUGAAGACCCCAGAGACUUUCCAGGGUUUAUUCCAGUUUCAACAACCAAUAAACUUAUGGCGGUGAAGGGACCAGUUCCAUUGAAGAAUGAACGUUCCAAACUACCGGCUGCGUUCACAUCUCCUGCUACUCAUUUCAAGCCCAUCAUUCUGAUGCAAAAUACAGAGAAUUGCAGUGAGAAAAAUGCCAAUUCAUCCUCAUGUAACGAAGAAUUUGAAGAUGGGACAUCAAAGGCGACUCCGGGUCAAGGUAUUUCGGGCAGUGACAUGGAAUCCUAUGAGGAUAAGACGUCCCUAAUUUACUCCUGCAAUAUUCCUUCAAGAAUCCAAAGUUCAAACCCGCGCGAUUCGACCAUUUCGUGUUGUUCUUCUGAUCGGAAAGAAAACAUUUCUUCGGAAGGAUCUGUUUCCUCCAAUUCUUCCACGGUUCUGAGCAGUCCGGUCGUUAACAAUUAUCUGCUCAAGCAGGAUCCAAAGACGGGGAGCCUGAAGCUGGUCCGCGUUCAGCUUAGCAUACCCGAGCACAUCGCGAGCGUGUCUUUAGAAACGGAGCCUGUACCUCGAUGUAUUGGGACUCCCGCCACCGUAGCAAACAAUGACAUUAGUAGCUAUGACAUCAAAAACUGUGAAGAACUCCUUCUGCCCUCCCUUGCCGUGUAUAGAGGAACACAAACCAAAGUUAAUGAUGUCACGGGAGAGCUUCCAUUAUCUAAUGGGAUGCUUGCUCCAAGUUCCAAUGGCGAUCAGACUCUUCCGGUUGUUAAUUAUAACAAUGACGCAUCUGUUGCACAACUGAAUGCUGCUAACGGAGAAGCUCAGGCUAAAAGGACAAUAUGCUCCCCGUUGCUAAAAAUUAUGCACCUUAUACGAGAUGAAUUUUCCUUCGAUGGAUAUUUGGAAAACGGAAUAGAAGAUCUUGCGAUGGGGGAAUAUAUCUUCUCGUUGGGUGGCCUCCAGUAUACUACUUUCUGUGGAGCAAUCUGUGAGAAGUUUUGUGACCUUUACUGGGAUGAUCAGCUGCUUGAAAAUCUCUACCAGGUUGUCAACGGGAAAUCUCCCUCGUCCAUCAGUACAAACACAAAGGACGCUUCCAGUCCCUGUAUUGCUACACAGAUGCUAAAGAGAGUGCAGAGAAAAUCAAGAAAGUACAAAAAGCAAGAACACAGUUCAGCAAACGAACAAAUUAACAGCAUAAAAAGUGAAGAAAUCAAACCAAUCGCUUCCGAUGCGGCCGUGACUCCAGAAAACCAAAUAUCUUCUGAAUCCCAGAGUCUCCCAUCGUUUUCUGACGCAGGCACUGAGACGCAGGAGGCAGCUGACGAUGGCAGACAAGCUUCAUUUGAAGAGGGGGAUAUGACGGAUUGCUUGCCUGAGACGGCAGAAACGGAUGAGCAGUCCCAAACCUCUGAUGUCGCGAAGCAGUCUGAAGGGGACUGCGCGUACAGAGCGCUUUCGGACUGUAAACAUUUCCGUUUUAGCCCGGAUUUUACCGAUGAGAACGAAGACAAUCUCGAGGUAGUGAAGCCGCGGGAGGGGGGCUUUACAAUGUCCAUCUGCCCGGAGGAGCUGUACAAAUGUAGCAUGGGCUGGAGCAGUGCUUUCUACGGAGCCCAGCUCUUUGACUCGGAGGUUCAGCGUUAUGUUAACAUACUGGGCAGGCAGAAAGAUAAGUGCUCGGAAAGCAUCGAGGCCAAGAGACUGGAACUUGAACAGCAACUUAUGAUUGAAACCAAAAAUUACAGAAAAACCAUUAAGCUCUACCAGAACCUACUGCUGAAAGGAAAGCGAAAUAAAGGUUCUGAUGUAAAGGAAUUGUUACCCAAACUGAAAGGACACUUGGAAGAAAUGAAAGCGAAGGUUCAGUUCCUUGAACUGUCCAAAAAACUGCUUCAGGUGUCGCACGCAGAGCAGUGGGGUGUUGAGCCGUCGACGUUGCCUUCAGUUGCCACCCUGACGAGGUCAGAAAGUAUCCUAAAUCCUGACGACGAUCCCGCGUUUCUGCUCAUCUAUAAUCACAAGGGGAAGGCAAGCCAGAACAGCACAUCAAAAAGUUUACAAGCCGGGACCCCACUUGGGCUUAUGGUGUACCUCUACUCCUGCAAUGCUGUGCUGGAUGGGUAUGUCCAGCAGUUCCUCUACACGUUCAGAUAUUUCAGCUCCCAAGAUGAUCUCCUGCAAUUUUUCAUCGAUGCAAUCAAUAGCACUUUUCCCAGGGAGAAUACAAAUUCCUCGCCUCUGGAUGAGAAAGUCUAUCAUCGCUCCCUCGUUCUCCUACAGAUGUGGCUUGAGGAUUGUUACAUAGACUUCCUUGUAAACCCCGAUCUUCUAGACAAAUUGGAAGAAUUAAGCAAUUCCCAGAUUCUUCCAAAAGAUGAGCGUGGAGACCACCUGUUAUCGCUCCUGCAAGAAGUGUCCAGUAGGAAGUAUACGAUUUCUUCUCCAAGUGCCAGCGACAAGAAGGACGAUACCAAAUCUUUACACUCACUGUGCACAAGACUAUCGGAAGACAACGUUUCCAGAAAGAGUUUUAACUGGAAGCUGUCCAGAGUAAAUGGGCCCAACGCCUUUCACCAGAAGGACAAGCAGUACAAUAUCUCCUUGGCUUUGCCUCGUCCGUGCUACCCUAAUUUUGCUGAGGAUUUCUCGCUGUCUUAUAUUAAAGGAGAUGAGAGUGGGACGUAUUCUAUACUGGAGUGCAGCGUUCAGCACAUUUCAUCCCAGCUGACAUUACUGCAGGAGGAGAUGUUCCAGAAGUGCCAUCCUGUCCACUUCCUUAAUUCAAGAGCUCUGGGGGUUAAGGAUAAAUCAGCUAAUGUAUCAAAGAAUUCUUACGCUGAGACCGCUCCAGCGGACAUCGGGAGUCUCUUUCUGCCAAACUGCGCUCAAGACAAGUAUCUGUUACAGCUGCUGCGCUUUGCGGAUAAUGUCAGCUCUUGGGUUGCCGCUGAAAUUGUGACGAGUGCAACUCCCAAGUUGCAGGCAAGCGUACUGACCAAAUUUCUCCUGGUUGCGAAACUAUGCUACGAGCAGCGAGACUUUGCCACUGCUGUUCAAAUAUUAGGAGGGCUAGAAAACCUGAUUGUGCGCCAGCUUCCCGCCUGGAAAAGUUUACCAAAUAAAGUGUGUGAAAUCCUAGAAGAACUGAAAGCCGUGGAGGUGUUUUUGAAGAGUGACAGCUUGUGUUUAAUGAAAGGAGACAGAUUCAGAACAUUACCCACAAUUCCUUCCGCUUACCUGCUGGCCAUGCACGUCCAGCAGCUAGAGACCGGCGGGUUCACUAUGGCCAAUGGAGCCUAUAAGUGGAAUAAAUUAAGAAACAUCGCAAAGGUUGUAAGCCAGGUCCAUGCAUUUCAAGAAAUCCCCUACUCGUUUGGCCCUGACCCAGAACUUCAGUUUUACCUCCGACAGCGAAUUGCGCAUUUCAGCGACGCGGAUAUCUCUGCCCUGGCAGCGGCUAAUAAUACUAAUUUCCAUCACAUGCCGUCGGAGAAACAUUCUCGAAAGAUACAAGACACCCUUCGUCGAAUGAAGGCAACGUUUCAGUAA